ACUCUGUUUAUCCUCUUUUAAUCAUGGCGUCGAACACGAAGGAGAAAACACGUGUGACAGGAGAAAUCGAGUUAGGAUUCAUUGAAGAAGCCGAUAGCAAUAGUUUACUGUCUCAUCAGUUUCCUAGUAAAGUAGGGGGCAUGCCAGCAUGGCUUUCACUGAAGCCAUUACCAAACCUGCAGCAGUUGAAGUGUUUGAAGUGUGGCGACCCGACUGUGUUUUUGUUACAAGUGUAUGCACCGCGUGAUGAGGUCGAGCAAGCCUUUCAUAGGACAAUGUUUAUCUUUGUGUGUAGAAAUCCGUCUUGUUGUGUCAGUAACACUAACAGUAAUUUUCGUGUAUUUAGAUCUCAGUUACCGAAGAUAAAUGAUUUUUAUAGUUCCGAGCCACCAAAGGAGGGCGUGUCAAAUCCGGACGAUCACCCCCAUGCGGGUAAAUUACAACCUUUAUGCAUCAUAUGCGGUGCUGCGGGGCCUAAAUUAUGUGGUAGAUGUCACAAAACGUCUUACUGCAGUAAACAGCACCAAACGGUCGACUGGAAGUCCAUACAUAAAACUAUUUGUACAGACUCGGAUAACGUGUCCUCACCCGGAGAAGUGAAUAAACCCAUGUGUUUCAAAAGUCCGAAUGUUCUUUUCCCGGAAUUCGAUCUUGUGACGGAGCCAGAGAACUAUGCGAAAACGAACGAAAAGGACGAACAAGAAAAAAUGAACGAAUAUAAAGAAUUCUUAGCAUCCGAAGCAGCCAGGUCGUUGUCGGAGGAUCUGGACGAGAAAGAACUUGAACGAACCGCAACUAAACAAUCCGAAGACGACGAGCAGUUUUUAAAGUUUAAGGAGAGAAUUCGACACGAACAACAGCAAAUUCUUCGAUUUGAUCGCGGUGGUGAACCAUUGUGGAUUUCCGCCUUGAAUAAACCGAGUGAAAUACCUCGGUGUACUUGUGGUGCUGAACGACAAUUUGAAUUCCAGGUAUUACCUCAGCUCUUAAAUGAUCUAAAUGUGGAUAGUUUGGGUGAGAGUAUUGACUGGGGUGUUCUAUGUAUUUAUACGUGUACAAAUAGCUGCCAUAUUGGUAAUAAAUACCAGGAGGAGUAUCUAUGGAAACAAGACAUUGUAAAACCUGAUUGACAAUAAAUAAAUAUUAUUUGUUAUAA